AUUUUACUUUCCAGAUCCGCCAUAUACUAACAGUUACUGGCAAGGUAAUCACGUACAAGUCUUCCAUAAAAGGUACGCUAAACCGACAUACAAAUGACUGCACGUGGAGAGGAACAGACACUUAAGGAAAUUUAUAAUUUAUUGAAAGAUCGUGUUUUGUCUUAUACUAGAGAUAAUGACCAAGUGAUGAAUGAGAAUGACCGUAGGAAAGAUUCACUUCAUAAAAGGUUCACACAAUUGAGUUCGACGAGUAAUGCUACUACAAGACCUCCUAGACCGUUUAGUGCUGGUAAUAAACCUGGGUCUGAAGAGGUUUCCAAACUCCAAGAUGUUAUUCAAAUUCUGGAAGCUCGCCAUUUGUCUAUUAGUAGGAGGCUGGCUAAAACGGAGAAUGACCUUUCCAAGGUGAAUGGUAAACUUCAAGAACUACAAAAAUAUUUGGUUAAUUCCGAUAAAUCACGUGACAAUACUUUACUGAAGCUCGUCCUGGAGGUGAGAAAGUCUGUAAAUGAAUGUCGACAGGUACAAACUCAUACGGAUGGACAGGUUGAGAAAAUCAGUAUUGGGAUACAGCAACUACUGCAAAACCAACAGAAUGUAUCCCGUGGCAAACAUUCAGAGGUGCAAAUUCCGGCAGAACUGAAUUUUUACUGCACUAAAAUGCAAGCACAAGGAAAGGGCUUCCAUAUGUUGGGUAGAGCAUUGCACAUCGAGGAGAGUGUUCUUCAUACAAUUACCCAACGUUAUGGUGACGAUGAGGAAGACGAGAAAUUUCAUCAGGUGAUCCGAGAAUGGGCGAAGAAACCCGAAGCUGUGCACAUCCGUGACUUUUUGGGAGCUUGUCAUGUAGCAAGUGGAAACACGGGAAAAGGCAAACCUUUAGCACCAAAAGAAAAGGAGAAACUUCUUCAAAAUGUAGCAUAUCUGUGCGACAACAUGCUUGAUGUUUCAUUGGUGCUCCCUCAUCUGGUGACGAAAUCUGUGAUAUCUCCUCGACUGUCCGAGUAUGUCCUGGCACCGUCUGGAAGAAUAGAGAGGAUUUUACGACUUGUAGAUGUCCUUUGUACAAAAGAAUCAGGAUUCGAGGAAUUUUGUGCUGCCCUUAAAAUUUCUGACCAAGCUCACGUCGCCGAGAACAUGGUUGAAGGAGUUGUGCCUGGGUGUGGUAAACGCUCAGCUUCAUUUUCCGGUGUAGGCGAGGAGCGAGAAGAGGACGCACAAAGUACCAUGUCAGAAGACGUAAUGGCGCCAGAUUAUCACAUUCUCCAGAAAAUAGCAUUGUCGCUUAAGAAACCAGGCAUUGUGUAACUGCUAACUAUAGCGCGAGUUUGGACAUCAUCUUUGUGUAUUUUAGUGGUAAAAAUGCUAUGCGUUUAAAAAGACUUCCUCUCUUACUUCUUCAUUUUCUCAACAAAAGCAACAUAUCCAUUGCAAGGAAAUAUGAAAGUGUUCCUCGGCGUAUACAGAAAAGUAUAUAAUCAAAACUAAAGAUGAGUGCAUAAUGACAACAAGUGGACUGACGAGGCACUCAAAAUGAAAUGAAAAACAACAAAAAACCCACAAUUUUUUGUAUCUGUACAUUUAUACACAUUCACUUUAUGAACGAAACGUUAUAGAGCUUUAAAUAACUUUUAAUACAAAUGACGUCAUGUGAAAUUAUGGUUAAAGCGUUUUUACGAAACACCACGAAUAGCUCUAAAUAAAUUGUUCAAGUGGCAAUGAUUGCUGGAGUGAUUACUUGUUCUGUCAAUAUCGUUUCAUUGAUAUUUAAGAAUAUUACGUACAGCAAUUGGUCAAUGCCAAUAUAUAUGACAAAACAUAUUGUUUUGAUUACCUCUGGUAAAACUUCGAUUGGCUGAGUCAAAUUGAUCAUUUCACACUGUCAUGUUCGCUUUAACAUUGAGUCAAUGGAAGGGUGCUUCCCAACGCCCUAGCAACGAAUGACAGUGUGUGUGACAGUGUAAAUAGUGACCACUCAAAGAAGAUGCGCUUACGGUUCGUUUCAGCCGCCAUGUUUUUUUUUGUGUAAUAAAAAAGUACUAUAUUCGUAGAAAUAUGACAGUGCCUAGGGUCACCCCGAGGGUAUCAUUGUCACCCGAGGCUAAUGAAGUAUUUAUAUAAAAUCCUAUUUAUAUAAAUGCACAUACAAUUCAGCCAACGGGUAACUAGUGCUGACGGUUGAAUCAUGAUGACCUUGUUAGUGUACCCUACUUCGCAUCACUAUGGAGAAUAAUCAUUUAUAAAAAUCCUGUAUUUUCUUUACUUGGACUGUCGAUAAAAUCCCCGAUCCUGAUUGCCAGUUGCAAUAAUGGUCAAGGAAUCAAAAUCAUCAACAAUGUCGACAAACAGACGAAUGAACGGACGAGUCAUGUUGUAAGCUCACUUGGCCUUUCAGUAAAUUUCAACUUAUUAUAUACAUGUGGAUGUGUAGUGUGAAAACUCAAUGUAUAGACUGUACAGAUGAAAUACACUAUAUAUUGUUCCGCGGUGUCAACAGACGAGUGCAAAAUCGGAACCGAAAUCGGAUGCAUGAAAAGGCAUGUGUCACCGAAACAAAUAGAAACACACUUUCAACCCCACAAUAAGAAACGAUUCCCUGUACUUCUUACAUAUGCAUUACAAUAUUCACUUUAUGAAAAAAGUAGAAGUCAUAUCUCUAUUAAUCAAAACGGUGUCAUGAUGAAAUUUAACAUAAUUUUUGAACUUGCCUAUUCUAUCAGCAUCGUUUCAAACACACACACACACACUACCUCGCGCGCGCGCGCGCGCACACACACACACACACACACACACAAACACACCAAACACAGUAAUAUUUGGAGAACAUAAGUAAAUAAUGAAUGAAGGAUUUAAAUAAUGCAAAUAAUCUGUCUUGAAAAGUCUUUUUCACUUGAAAUUUGUCGGUCAUAUUGUUUAAAAUCGUGUAUUAUAUUGUCAAUAUACGCCCGGAUGCAAUAGAAUGUCAGAAUCUAGAAAUAUAUUUGGAGUUGCGUCCCCUUUUGCGCUAAGAUACCAUUAUUGCCGCUAUGGUAACAAUGUCUAAAAUGUUCUAAUGCCUAAUAUGUUUCUCAUGAUUAAUUACUGACAGUUAGCAAAAUCUUUUUCUUUAUAGUUAUAACAUCAAUACAAUAUCUCCAUAUAUUUAUACCACCAAGGGAGAGGACUUAUAUAGGCUGUAAGCCAGUUGUCCAAUCAUUUAGACGGUGUUACAUUAUUUUUUUCAAAUACACUGUAUUGAAGUUGAAAAUUAAAUUGCCUCUAGAGAUCAGUAAAAACAUAGCAUAUACCUUGCCUGAUGCCUUAUGCUUUUGAGUUGAAGAUAUCUAGGCCAUGUCACACAUAUGUGUGCACCUGAUGAUUCUGAUUGCACGAGUGCAUCGCUUGUAUGAUAUAUUUUAAUUAGUGCUAUAUAUUCAUAAACGGCGCAAUAAACGUGUGAAA